AUGACAGUUGUUGAUCACAUGAUUUUUGACAUUAAACAAAAACAAAAAACAGUGUUCAAUAAUGUUCGCAAAAUUUUAUCGAAAUUUGAUUUAGCAGAGUUUGUCGGGUUGUGAUUUAGGCCAAUCUUUUCAAUUUUUAGUUUGUUAAGUUUCAAAUACUAAAUAAAGAAUGCCCAAUUCAAACUGUGACAUAUUGUGAAUUUUUACUUACUAUUUCAUUCACAUAAAUGGAGUUGGAGUUGCAAGACUGUUUCUUGAAUGAUGAAGACCUUCAAUUACCGCAAGGAUCAAAACAUUCUAAAAGAAAAACUGAUAAAAUACAUGAUGAGAAAAUCCCUGAACAAAUCAAAGAUGAUCAAAUGGAUAAUUUGACAUCAAUAAUUAUGCGCAAUUAUGACAAUAAACUGUAUGGAGAAGAUGACACAUCACAACCCACUUCAAGAACUGCACCAAUAAUUCCUAUUGAAGCAACACGCAAGAAAAAGAAGAGAAAGAGAUCUCAGAUAACCAUAUGUCUGACAAAUUGUCGCUACGAAUCUAUACGCAAAGUGGCUAGUGCAUUUGGUAUGCGGGAGGUGUCUGAAGAAGACGCUUGGAACUUCUACUGGACUGACAUGAGUGUAUCUGUUGAAAGAGCAAAGGAGAUGAAAAGAUUCCAAAGAAUCAACCAUUUUCCUGGAAUGUUGGAAAUUUGCAGAAAAGAUUUGCUGGCUCGAAAUCUGAAUAGAAUGCAGAAAAUAUACCCUAAGGAAUAUAACUUCUUUCCAAAGACCUGGUGUCUACCUGCUGAUUUUGGCGACGCACUAAAUUAUAGUAAGUCUAGGAAAAACAAAACGUUUAUAAUUAAACCAGAAUGUGGAAGCCAAGGUCGAGGCAUUUAUUUGACGAAAUCACUAAAAGAUAUCAAACCCACUGAUAAGCUUAUUUGUCAGGUAUAUUUAUCAAAACCAUAUCUGGUGGAUGGCUACAAAUUCGACAUACGAGUGUACACUCUAAUCACGUCGUGUGAUCCACUAAGGAUCUUUGUUUACAAUGAGGGUCUUGUCAGAUUUGCAACAAGCAGAUAUGCAGAUCCAAAUGUCAAUAAUACAACGAAUGUGUUCAUGCACCUCACUAACUAUGCGCUAAACAAACAUAGCAGGACAUAUGUGUAUGAUUCUGAGGCGGGUAGCAAACGCAAGAUAUCAACUCUGAACAAAAUCCUGCUGUCGCAAGGUGUAGACUUGGACCGUUUAUGGCACUCCAUCGACCAAGUUAUAGUCAAGACCAUUAUAUCAGCAUGGCCUAUACUCAAGCACAGCUACCAUGCUUGUUUUCCAUCUCAUGACAUGGUUCAUGCCUGCUUCGAGAUACUCGGUUUUGACAUUCUUCUCGACCACAAGCUACAUCCCUACAUUUUAGAGGUAAACCAUUCGCCAAGUUUCCACACGGAUACACAACUAGAUCGCGAGGUGAAAGAAGGCCUGCUAACGGACACAUUCACGAUGCUCAAUAUAUGGCAAUGUGACAAGAAACGUGUGCUAGAAGAGGAUCGCAAGAGGAUAAGAGACAGACUGCUACAGACUAAUAAGUUUGCAGAAUAUACACCAUCUGAGGAAAAAGAACCAGAGAAAAGUCCUUGGCAAACACAGAUACAGUGGGAAGAGACUCAUUUGGGAAACUACAGACGCGUGUACCCGGUGGGCGAGCAGUACGCGACGCUAUUCCAGCAGCCGUCGGGCUCGCUGUACACCGGCACGGCGGCGUCGCGCGCGCGCGGCGACUGCACGCGCCUGCAGCGGGAGGAGUUCCAGCAAACGAAAGCAAAAGCAGAAGCUCUCAAGAAGCCAUCUCAACCGAAGCCAAAGGAGGGCGAGAAGAAAGCGCCCGACGAGGCCAGCGCGGUCACUACUGUCACCAACAGCGCUGAUAAGAAUAAGGUCAAACCCAAACCUGAUAAAGAACAGAAACGCAAAGACAAGGAAGUUAAAGACGAGAAAAAGCUUACAGCGAAGCCGUCAGUAGUACUACAACAAGUUGUGGAGGAGAAGGAAGCGAAGCCGGCGUACGUGCUGUGCUCGUUCGAGCCGGACCCGAUCGUGGAGCGCGAGGAGCGCGAGCGCGUCAACCUGCUGGCGCAGCGGGACUUCCUCAUACGCAGCUACGGGAUGCUCGAACAGAUAUAUUUAGUUAUGAAGAAAAUGGGCACUUUACGGCCCGAAGACGAGCGCAAGUACGGCGUGUACGGACGUCUGUCUGUGGUCUCCAACUCGCCUAAGAGAAAAAUGAUGAAGAAUAAAGAAAUAAUUCCGCAUAAGAUGCACGGCUGUGGAGACAUGCUUGCAGAAUCUUGCGUGCAUCUCGUGAAGGUAGUGAUGGACGAGCCAGCGGCCUCGAAUUCACUCACACGUUACGGGACAAGUACUUGUAAUGUGUGGAGAAAAUAUAUACAAUCGCCUUCGAAAUCAUCGAAAUAAAUGUAAUUCAAGUUAUGUUACUGUGCUAUCGAAUUAUGUAAAUAUAACGGGAGCCACUUUGCCAUUUGCGAAUCAGGGAAUGGAAGCUACCCUAUAGUAUAUUGUAAAUUCUGGCGCUUUGUAAACCUUUAAGAAUAUACAUAUUGUAUUGUUUAAUA